ACUAAAAGCUGCUCUUGAAGUUAAUGAGCAGGAUAUGUCACAGGUCAGUGGAUACAUUGAUAUUCUGCUUAUUCCUUUUGUAUAUUUAUUUUUUUUGCUCAGAGAGCCAUUUAAGCAAAUUCGUUACGGAUCUGUGAUCAGCCUCAUUUAGACAAUACUUACCUCUGUCACCCCCUCCCCCAUCCAAUCUUAGUCUGUUUUUAAACAUUUUUGCUUCACCAGUUAUUAUUAUUCAUCAUGAUGCCCCAAACUCUUGACCCACUCCAUGCUGAUUUGGCAUGGUCUUUCAAAAUGACCGUGACUUCAGGAAAACAGAAAAUCAACAGUGUCUCUUUGAGCUUUGAACUCUGUUCUCGGCAUUGCAAUGUUUUUAAUGGCUACUAAGAUGCUGUAAUGCACAUUUUUGCCCUCAGAUUUGGGGAUAUGUAGUCAUUCUGAAAUUCUCAACCUCUUUAAUCUCUGUGACUUCCUGUUUCUGAAGAUCUGAAGCCAUUAGUUAAUCUUCACUAAAGCCUUCGUUGGUCCCUCCCUCCCCCCCACUCAUCAGGGCUGGUGGGGGGGGUGGAUCUCGGCCCCCACGGGGUCGAAACUGUGGUGGUGGUGGCCGGUGGUGGUCAUACCCCCCGAGGCAGGGCUCCCACCAUGGAGACCAGCCCAGAGAGCCCCAACCGGGCAGUGGAGUACCUCCUGGAGCUCAACAACAUCAUUGAGAGCCAGGCCAAGCUCCUGGAGACCCAGCGCCGGCGCAUCGAGGAGCUGGAGGGCCAGCUGGACCAGGUCAGCCAAGAGAACCAGGACCUGAGGCAUGAUCGCAGCCCACGGACGCCUGCUUCAGACACUCCCGAACAGAACCACAACCAUAGCCAGCCUCUGUCCCUCCCCAUCCAUCAUGGCGGUGGUGGUGGUGGUGGUGGUGGCGGCGGCGCCGGGAACGGUAGCACUUCGACGGCUCAGGCAACAGCUGCAUCAACUCCAGGGCCCAGCAGGGAGAGGAGGAUUCACACCAGGCUGACCCGAGGUCUCUCCUGCAGCUCCUCCACCAACGAGCGAGACCGGCUCGAGCGCACCGACAGCACAGACACCAACGCCAGUUCAACCAUACGGAGAAAUGUGGAGGGGGAUUCCCAGUGUCCAGAGACGGGCACCCACAAAGACAGCUCAUUCAGCCAGACAUCUUACCUGCGCGGCUCAGAGCGCUACACUGACAGCAGCACCAGCAGCGAACCCUCCGCAUCCAGGGACCCUUCAUGCGUGUCGGCCUCCAGUUCAGCCAGCCUGGCCUGGGCACUGCGAACUCGCCACCAACCUGCGAGUCUGGCCCUCCGCAAGCAAGAGGAAGAGGAGAACAAGAGAUGCAAGGCGCUUUCAGACAGCUAUGAACUCUCAACCGAUCUGCAGGAUAAGAAGGUGGAGAUGCUGGAGAGAAAGUACGGUGGCUCCUUUGUAAGUCGCAGAGCAGCUAGGACCAUUCAGACGGCUUUCAGACAGUAUCGCAUGAACAAGAACUUUGAGCGCCUCAGAAGCUCGGCGUCAGAGAGCCGCAUGACACGCCGCAUCAUCCUGUCCAACAUGAGACUGCAGUAUUCCUUUGAUGAGCGACAGCCUCAGCAGCAGGCCCAGACACAGACAAACUUCACCCACAAUGUGGCAAUAGGGCCACCUCAUUCCCCUAUCCCAGAACGCCCAGGAGACUACACCCACUUAGAGGACUCCUUCUCCAAACAGGUCAAGUCCCUAGCUGACUCCAUAGACGACGCCCUUACCUGCCGCGCGGGUCGCGAUGACUCCCAAGAGGGCAGCAGGGAGGGUGGAGGGAUUAGUGAAGACUUUGGGGAGUGUGUGUGGAGCAGCAGCAGCAACCCUUCCUCCCAAAGAGGUUUGGGAGAACGAGCCAGGGGAGCAGGGGGAGGGCUCAGUAUGCAUGGCGACAGUACCGCCACCUCGUACAGUGACGUCACCCUUUACAUGGAUGAUGGCAUUCCGUCGUCCCCACUGUCCCUGGAUCGGGCACCCAGCAGCACAGACACAGAGUACUGGGGCCCCGGGGGUGGUGUCGGAGGGCGCGAGGACAGCAGGGAUACUGAGGGAGGGGGCAGCAGUAACAGUCGGCGCAGCACCCCGUGUACCGAGUGCAGGGACUACCGUCUAAGGGGCGCACAUCUGCCUCUCCUCACCAUUGAGCCGCCCAGUGACAGCUCAGUGGACACGAGUGACCGCUCAGAUCGUGGCUCUCUGAGCAGACAGCUGGUCUAUGAGCAGGAGUCUGGGGUAGGGGCUGGCUCCCCUCAGGGAACCCUAAAACACUCCCCCAACACAGGCACCCGCCCUACCUCCACAGCAGCGGCCCAGGGUCAGACCCGGGCCCCUGGCCGACCCAUACCCACACACAUCCCUCAUCAGGUGGCUGCGCUCCACCACCAUCACCACCACCCUAUCCACCACCAUCAGUACCCUGACACACCGUCGUCGUCGUCCUCCCCCCAGCAGCCCCCCACCACCCCUCUGUCCUCCUCCUCCUCCACAGCUCUGCCCCCUGGUGGUCUGGAGCAGCCGUGCUGCUCGGACGGAGACAACGACUCCCUGAACUCCACCACCAACUCCAACGAGACAGUCAACUGCAGCUCCGGCUCCUCGUCUCAGGACAGCCUGCGGGAGCCCCUGCCACCUCUGGGAAAGCAGACCUACCAGAGAGAAAGCCGCCACAGCUGGGACUCGCCGCCCUUCAACAGUGACGUGGUGCAGAGACGCCAGUACCGCAUAGGUCUCAACCUCUUCAACAAGAAGCCAGAGAAAGGGAUCCAGUACCUGAUAGAGAGAGGUUUUGUAUCGGACACUCCAGUUGGGAUUGCUCGCUUCAUCCUGGAGAGGAAGGGCCUCAGCAGGCAGAUGAUUGGAGAGUUCCUGGGAAACCGACAGAAACAAUUCAACAAAGAUGUUUUAGACUGUGUGGUGGAUGAGAUGGACUUCUCAGGAAUGGACCUGGAUGACGCUCUCAGGAAGUUCCAGGCUCAGAUUAAAGUUCAAGGAGAAGCCCAAAAAGUGGAGCGGCUCAUAGAGGCUUUUAGUCAGAGAUACUGUGUGUGUAAUCCAACGCUGGUUCGGCAGUUCCAGAACCCGGACACCAUCUUCAUCUUGGCCUUUGCCAUCAUCCUCCUCAACACAGAUAUGUACAGUCCCAACAUCAAAGCUGAGAGGAAGAUGAAACUAGAGGAUUUCAUCAAGAAUUUGAGAGGCGUAGACAAUGGUCAGGAUAUACCCAGGGACUUGCUGGUUGGGAUCUACCAACGGAUACAGAAAUGGGAGCUACGGACCAAUGAUGACCACGUGUCCCAAGUGCAAGCAGUGGAGAGAGUCAUUGUGGGCAAGAAGCCUGUGCUGUCCCUUCCCCAUCGUAGACUGGUGUGUUGCUGCCAGCUCUAUGAGGUCCCAGACCCCAACAGACCUCAGAGGACGGGAGUGCACCAACGAGAGGUCUUCCUCUUUAAUGACCUUCUGGUGGUGACCAAAAUCUUCCAGAAGAAGAAAACCUCAGUGACUUAUAGUUUCAGACAAUCUUUCCCUUUGGUUGAGAUGCAAGUACACAUGUUCCAGAACUCGUACUACCCUCACGGUAUCCGCCUGACCUCAGCAGUCCUAGGCGGAGAGAUGAAGGUUCUCAUUGUCUUUAUGGCACCCAGUCAGCAAGACCGCACCCGCUUCGUUAGCGACCUCAGGGAGAGUAUUGCUGAAGUGCAAGAGAUGGAGAAAUAUAGAGUGGAAUCGGAGUUGGAGAAACAGAAAGGUGUGAUGCGGCCCAGUUUGCUCACUGGAGGUGUGGUUGGAGGCGUAGGUGUGAAGAGCGAUGUUGUGAAUGGCACCAUGGGAAGGACAAGUUUUGAUGACAACUGCUCAGUGGGUGAGGGUCUCAAGCGCACGGCACUCAGCUCAUCUCUCAGGGACCUAUCGGACACAGGGAAACGUGGUCGCAGGAACAGUGUUGGUUCUCUGGACAGUACCAUGGAAGGCUCUAUCAUUAGCAGCCCACAGCCUCACCAGCGCUAUCAAGUGCCAGGCGUGGUACCUGGCUGCUACACAACAGAAGACUUCCGGCCUCACCGCCCCAUCCUGAGCCCCGGAUCGGGGGUGGGGGGUGGGCCGGGGCAGCAACAUACCACUGCUGGGACAGGAGUUGGGGGAGUCUCCAGCAGUGUAGAGAGAGCAGGAGCGGGGAGCGGCCCUGGGGGGAGCAGCAGCAGCAACAACAACAGCGGCUCCUUCCUGGGCUCCCUAUUCGGCAGCAAGCGUGCCAAACCACCAGGGCCCCUUAUUCCACCGGGGCCACCCUACCCCGCACCUGUACCCCCACCGACUACGGGAGGGCCCCCUCCUCACUCCCCUUCAUCGCUGUGCCAGUUGGACGGGGGGCCUUCCAAGAUCCAGGCGCUACACGCACAGUACUGUCACAUGGGCACCGUGCAGCCUCCACCACCUUACUACCAUCACCAUCGCUACCACAUCCAAACUGUCCCUCCUCCUUUGCAAGGGGUGGCCCCUCAUACCAUACAGAGAGGCCCGCUACCCUGUCGUCCACCGUUCGGCCCCCCACACGGCCAGCACCCGCAGCUGGCCCAUCUCUCCCAGCUCUCCCAGCAUGGGCUUCCGGGUCGUUACGCCAACAUGGUGGUGGGAUGUCCCCCCCCCCUUUCUCCUCUCUCCCAACAUUCCCAGAACCCACAGUUCGCCCUGUACCAUGCGCAGCCUACACACUCCAUCAGAGGGGUCGGCGUCCCUGGUACCAAACUUCCAUUAACCAUGUCUCUCUCCCACCCGCACCCCCACGCACACUCCCAAACCCACCCCGGACACGUGCACACACCACACCCAGCCAGCCACUCAACCCACCAAACCCAUUUUAUAUUCGGCACUCUGCCCCACAACCUACCCUCCGCCUCCAUCAAUGCGCAUCACGCAGCAGCCGGCGGCCAGUAUCUGCCCCAGUACCCUCCUCUUUCUUCUAUCCCCCCUCCCCCACCACACUCCCCUUUACCCCCCCCUUUGUCCCCCCUUACCCCGCUUACACCUCUCUCCCCUCCCCCCCCAGCACCCCGGGCAGCCUCAGCAGGGGCCGCAGGUGACGGGGGCUGGAGCAACAGGUACAGGGGGCAGCUCGAAAUCCAAGCCUAUCAACCGGAUAAGUACCGUGGUGUGAGCAAGAUGUGGGGCCCCAGGGGUCAGAGAUCAGAUGAUAAAGUGGAAGAGGUUGGCAGAGCUAGGUCUAGGACUAAGUCUGCCAGGACAGAAACCAACAGCAGCAGCGCUAGUGACAAGAAGAAACGCAGUUUGCUUCGUCUCUGUUACUUUCACCUCCGUUUCCCACAUAUGUAGGUGGAGAUAAACAGCACAGCUAGGAGUUAAAUAGCAUGUGCAUACAGCUUUGAAACCUGCACACAGAAACAAACCCAUAUGCACAUCCAUAACACUCCACACACAAUAUCAAAAAAUUCUAUAGCCAUAUAAUUUAAGAUGAAACUAAAUCUAUAUGUUGAUCUAUUGCCUGAGUCUGUAUGAGAAUAUUUACAUGUACAGUACCAAGAUGUGAUAAUAUGACACUGGAAAAAAACGGAGACCAUAUUUAUCCAGCUGCUAACAUGGGGAUGUAAAUAAUUACUAAACCACCAAAUGCAUUCCAGUGGAGUUUGGCAUUAAAAACGGAAGAGAGUUGCAAAAAAAUGUCCCUUGACUUUGCAAUAAUUUACUUGGCUUCAUAAUGUCUCUGUCCAUUUUUGCAGGUUCCGCUUUGCUAACAGGCAUCUUUUUUUCUAAAGAAGACCUCAGAUAUGUUGCUUUGUCUUAAACUUCUAAAACCAGUGCACGGUUUCCUGACAGUCUUUUGCUUAAUGGUCUUUUACAUGUCAACAGGAGCCACCUGGCUUUCUAAUGCAUUCCUUGUGGGGUAUGGGAAAUUAAUGAUACAAUCAAUAAUAUAUUUUGAAUGUUUCUGAAGCUUCUUGCUGUUUUAUCGAUAUUAUAAUAUACCUGCUAUGAGUAUGAUGAAUAUUGUAAGAUACUUGUUUUGAUCAGUGAUUAAUUAUAUCAGCUGAUGUUUGUACAUGGUUAUAGAGACUAUAUGCACAUAUACAUUCUCUCAGUUUGCCAUAACCAAUAGAGGGUGUUCCAGUAUGUGAAAUCUGAUUUAUUCCGUAGUACCAUGCUUUCUAUUGAGUUCAUCUUUUUAAUAAUUAGUAUUAUUGGUUGUUGGAAAAAUAAUGAAUGAGGUUUAGUUUUGUUCAAAAUGAUUUGAACACCAACAAUAUUCCUCCUUUUCUGUUUUGUUUGAUGUGAGCAAACAGGGGAACAAUUUCUCAAAUGGGAUGUCUAACAAAACUUGAACUUAAAGAAUGGAUCUGAUUUAAUGUUUUUUAUAUAUAUAUAUAUUUAUAUAUAUAUAUAUAUAUAUAUACCUCCCAGUAUUGGAAAAAAGCUUAAACAUGGUUGUGGAAAUUGAAAAAAUUCCCUCAUAAUUUAUAUAGGGCACCUGUGCUCACUUCCUCGCAGUCAUCAGAUUUAGUCAUUGUAUGUGUUUUCUAUGUUUUCAAGAAGCACGCUUUUACAUGAGGUUUUGUGGUUUUGCACACGUGAUGUCUUAAGUCAGAAAUGGCCUUCUAAUCCUCCCUCUUCUGCCACUUUUAGAAAUCCCUUAUUACAUUUUCUGAUGCCAUGCCAUGGCAUCCUGCUGAGGGCUUCUUGUUCAAAAACAUAACAAGAGUCAAGAAUGUAAAAUAGCCUACAGGUACACAAUGUAUUUCUCCUUAUUUUCUGUGGGCCUCGUGUAAGUGUUACCCCUUUUGCUACUGCAAUUUUUGAGGACGUAAUUGAGCGCUGAUGUUGUUUACCUUCAGUGCCAUUGAUUACCAAGGGAAAACUACAAAUAUUCUGAUUUAGGAGGGGAUGAAUGGGUGAGAACAAAGUAAAGAAGUCUAUGUAACAAACUACUGACAGAGGUGGCGAAGUUUAACAAGGUCUAAAUCCUCAACAAAAGGAUUUUAAUGAGGUUUGGAGAAGGUUAAAAAAUCUUGGAUGAAGAUUUUAUAAGUAUGUGUUGGCUAGCCUUUUCUUUUUGUGUCCUUUUUUGACUCUUCUUGCAUGAAUAUAUCUGCACUUAUUGAAUAGAUUGUACUGUAUAAAUCAGAGUGUACAUAUAAUACUAUACAUAGGCUUCCUAUCAUAACUAUGGGGUGAAAUACUCCCAUUCUGUAUUCAGGUGCGUGCAUGUGAGUGCCACUAAGUAUGUACAUAAAAAAGAUGGACAGGGAUAGGAGAUGUUGGCCAUAGGAAUGUUGACUUCUUUUUCUUUUCCUAUUAUUUCUGAGAAGAAGGUGAGAGAAUGAGUUACCAUGAUAUAAAUUAAAAGCCUAAAAAAAAGUUAAUAUGUCAGUGCACUUACUGAUAUCAUUUAAAUCUAAUGAUUUCAAUUUUUUUCUUUGUGUAUGUAUUAUGUGUACUGAAAGAAUAGAGAAUUGAGAUGUGAAUAUUUAUUGCUUCUGAUAAAUUAAAGUGUCCUUGCAGUGA